CGGUCGCCACCAAUCUGGACGCGCCGGGGGUGGGUCUUAGCCCUUCUUGACGUCUGCGCGCGCACUUCUUUCCGCGCGCAUUUCUUCCGGUGAUGGAGUCGGAGCUCGUGCGGCGCUUCGCCCCUCGCCUCGGCCUUGCGGAGCCCAGUGUACUGAGGAAAGCAGAGGAGUACCUGCGGCUCUCGAAGGUGAAGUGCAUCGGUCUGUCAGCACGGAGCUCAGAAACGAGCAAUGCUAUCAUAUGCCUGGACCUCGCAGCUUCCUGUAUGAAGUGCCCCUUGGAUAGAGCUUAUUUAAUUAAGCUCUCAGGUUUGAACAAGAAGACGUAUCAGAGCUGUCUUAAAUCUUUUGAGUGUUUACUGGGAUUAAAUUCAAAUAUUGGAAUAAGAGACCUAGCUGUACAGUUCAGCUGUACAGAAGCAGUGAACAUGGCUGCAAAGAUACUGCAAGGCUAUGAGUCCAGUCUUCCCGAGGUGCAGCGAGCAGACCUUGACUUGUCCAGGCCGCUGUUCACCACUGCCGCACUACUUUCAGCAUGCAAAAUUCUAAAGCUAAACGUGGACAAAACCAAAAUGAUAACUACAUCCGGUGUGAAAAAAGCAAUAUUUGAUCGGCUGUGUAAGCAGUUAGAAAAGAUUGGGCAGCAGAUUAACAGAGACGCUGCAGAUUUAGCUAGUCCAGUACUGAAGAAAAAGAAGCUAGUGCUUGAACCAGCAGCAGAAGAAACAGAAGAAGUAAUAGAAACCCCACAUAAACCACCAAAAGAUGAAGACCUGAACCAGGAUUAUGAAGAAUGGAAAAGGAAGAUUUUGGAAAAUGCUGCCAAAGCUCAAGCAGCUACGGCAGAGUGAUUUCCAUGUGCAGUCCUG